AUGGACAGGUCUUGGUUGGUGGCUGAUAGAAGAACAAAGGAAUUUCAAAGAGGAGUAGAUGAAUUAUUGUUAUUUGCAUUUGAGAACGACUAUGAUGAAAAAAAAAUCAGUUGUCCAUGUUUAAAAUGCGCACAUAGCAAGUCCUGGAAAGCUCAAACAGUGAGGUGCCACCUUUUUCAACAUGGUAUAGAUCAGACCUACACGCGUUGGAUAUGGCAUGGGGAGUUAAAUACCGAAAGCAAGUCUCCUGCAGAAGACAUAGCUAGUUCAGAGUCUGUGAACCAAAUCCCGAUGAAAACAGAAAAUGAUGAUAUUGAUGAUGAUAUUUCUCUUGAUUCCGCUGAUGUAUUUAACCAUGUUCAAUCUGAACAUGAACCACUAUAUCCGGGGUGUGAAGGAUUUACAAAGAUGAAGGCUUUGGUAAAGUUAUAUAACUUGAAAGCAAGAUACCAAGUAUCAUAUGGUUGCUUCUCUGAACUUCUACUGUUGGUUGGUUCCAUGCUCCCGGAAGGCAACACUUUCCCAUCUUCAUUUAGUGAAGCUAAAAAAAGCUGGUGCACUUUAGGAAUGGAGUAUGAAAAAAUUCAUGUAUGUCCAAAUGAUUGCUUAUUAUAUCAUGGAGAAAUGGAUGAAGAUGAGACAAGCUGUCGUAUUUGUCAAGCCUCUAGAUGGAAGUUGAACAAAAAAGAAGAAGAAUUGGAAGGGGUUCCAGCAAUGAUUUUAUGGUAUUUUCCGUUGAUACCACGUUUGAGGACUUUAUUCAAUUCUCCACAAACAGCCAAGGACUUGACUUGGCAUGACACGGAGAGAAUAAAUGAUGGUAAAUUGAGACAUCCAGCGGAUUCAAAAACAUGGAAGGAAGUCGACAGUAAGUGGCCAGAUUUUUCUUCAGAUUCUAGAAACCUCCGCUUGGCUUUGUCCUCAGAUGGAUUCAAUCCCUUUUACAGCACAAAUAUUGAUUAUUCAUGUUGGCCAGUUUUAAUGUCAAUCUACAAUCUCCCACCCUGGCUUUGUAUGAAGAGGAAGUAUAUUAUGCUAUGUUUAUUGAUAUCCGGGCCAAAGGAACCUGGCAAUGAUAUUGAUGUGUUCCUUCAGCCGCUCAUUGAAGAUUUACAAAAGUUAUGGACCGGAAAACAAGUUUAUGACGCAUACAAGAGGGAGUACUUUUUGUUGCGAGGGAACAUUGUAAAAGCGUAUAAUGCGUGUCCUGUUUGCGUUGAUGGAACAAAAGCAACGAGGCUGGCUAAUUACCAUAAGUGCGGCGUGGUCAUGAGGCAUCGGAGGUGGUUGCCCCGUUCACAUCCAUAUCGCAGGAAGAAAGAAGACUUUGAUAACACAGUGGAAAAGGAAACUGCCCCAAUUCCAUUAACCGGAGAGGAGGUGCUUGAAAGAACAAAACAUUUGAAGUGUCAUGUCUUUGGUAAGACACAACGCCAACCUCGAUUCAAAAAAGGUGAUGUUCGACCUAUUUUUGAGAAGGUUUCUAUAUUUUUUGAACUUGAGUAUUGGAAGUUUUUGCCGGUUAGACAUGUUCUCGAUGUGAUGCACAUCGAGAAAAAUAUUUGCGAAGCUUUACUUGGUACUAUGCUUAAUAUACCCACGAAGACAAAAGACAAGGAAUCUGUCCGGCUAGACAUGGCUGAAAUGGGGAUAAAAACGGAGCUAAGACCAAAAACUCCCGGGAAAAAGGAGAAGUUACCAUUGGCAUCUUGGAAUUUAACUCAUUCAGAAAAAAAUAAAGUUAUUGAGGUUGAUAAGUUGGAGAAAAUGCAAUCCCAGCUGGUGGAAACUUUAUGCCAACUUGAAAAAUACUUCCCUCCUUCCUUGUUUGAUGUUAUGUUUCAUCUCUCGGUCCAUCUUGUACGAGAAGUAGAGCUUUGUUGCAUUGCUGAGGCCUAUGUUGCAGAAGAAGCUGUUGAGUGUUUGGUGAACCAUGAGGAAGCGACUGUUGGGUUACCAAAAAAUGGUAGGCAUAGGAAGGAUGUUGUUUGUAGGCCAUUAUCUGGUGCAUCAGUUAUAACUCCGAGCUACAAUGAUUUGCAUUUAGCCCAUUUAUGUGUUUUACAAAAUACGGCUACGAUUAGGCCAUAUUUUAAGGAACACAUGUGUUUUUUGAUGACCAAAUAUCCAGCAAAUGAAAAUAAUGAAAUGUGGCUAAAGAAUAAGCAAAAUGAUACAUUCCCAGAAUGGUUCAAAGAAAAGAUUGCUUCAGAUUUGCUUGACGAAAAGGAGAUAUCAAAAGAAAUAAGACGGAUCGCAGAUGGGCCCAAUAAGGAUGUCCCUACAUUCAAUGGUUACAAAAUGGAUGGGAUUACCUUUAGCACCAAAGAUCGUGAUGAUGCACGUAAUGUUCAAUGCAGUGGCGUGUGUGUACAAGCUGAUACCAUGAUUGAUAUGAACAAAUGGACUAAGGUAGAUGACUUGGGUUAUACAUUGGUUAAUUUGAAUAAGUUGGGGUUUUUUAAUGAUCCAUUUGUGUUGGCAAAACACGUUAAGCAAGUAUGUUACAUAGAUGAUCCUCUUGAUAAACUAUGGUCCGUGGUGUUGAAAUUACCCGAGAAAAACUAUUAUGAGGACAAUGAUGAAGAAAAUGAGGGAUCCGUGGAAGUAGAACUUGAGAAUGAGUGCUUUGUGCCGAAUUUCCCGGAUGUUGAUUUAGACGAGGACACAACUAGUUACAUGCGAGAUGUAGAUGAACUAAUUCAACUUUCAUGA